UCCUUGCGCUUUCCGUACUACGUCAUCUCCUUCCCGGUCAACAUGGCUGCCCUCAGGAGCGGGGUGACGCCGGGCUGCCUAGCAAGAUGUUUCCUGAGACAUGGUGGGAAACCGGGUCGAGGCAGUCGACCCCUUUCAGACGCGUGGAGCCACCGGCUGCUGCAGAGGUCCGACCUGCACACGGUGUUCGAAUGUCGCAGUCCAUUGGCCAGGACUGUUCUGGGCUGCAGACAGCGAGGGAAGUUCCUCUGGGUGAAUGCCGUGGCAGUCAGACACAACAGCUCGCAGAUCCCACCAGAGGAUGGAUCAAUGGCGGCACCAUUGUUCGAAGCUGCUGUCAGUCCUCCAGUCAUGGAGUCCACCCCCUUCUCUCUGCCCGCUGACCCAACCCCCAUCUUCGCACAACCAAUUGCUGAACAGAUACCAGUUGAAACCCUGUCCAUGGCAGCACCAUUAUCAGACAGCACGGCUCUCCCUCCGGUCUUGGACUCCUCCCCUGAGCUUGCGACCCCCAUUUUAUCGCAGCCGGUCAUGGAGCAGUUGGCCGACGCGGCGCCCACCGCCCUGGACGUCCUGCAGGCUGCAUCUGCAGAACACACCUUAGCAGAGCUGGGAUUGGCCGCCCACACUCCCGUGGGACUGAUCCAGAACCUCUUAGAGUGCAUGCACUUGGAUCUCGGUUUGCCCUGGUGGGGGGCCAUCGUUGUCGGCACGGUGCUGGCCCGUAUGGCUGUGUUUCCAGUCAUCGUGAAGGGCCAGAGGGAAGCAGCCAAGCUGAAUAACAUCAUGCCUGAAAUGACCAAACUCACCACCAGGAUGACCGAGGCCAAACAGAGUGGAAAUAAAUUUGAAUUUGCCAAAGCCUACACAGACCUGAACUUGUUCCAGAAGAAGCAUGACGUGAAUCCUCUCCGUGGCUUCCUGGUUCCUCUGGUGCAGGCGCCGAUCUUCGUCUCCUUCUUCAUCGCACUGAGGAAGAUGGCAUACCUGCCGGUGCCCAGCAUGCAGACGGGAGGAAUGCUCUGGUUCCCGGACCUGACGGCAGCAGAUCCUUUUUACAUUCUACCCGUAGUUGUCACCGGAACCAUGUUCUUCAUCCUGGAGUUGGGAGCAGAGUCCGGUGUAGACAACCCCAAUCUGAAAGCCAUGAAGACCGUGUUGAGGAUCAUGCCCUUCGUCAUCCUCCCCCUCACUAUCAACUUCCCCACGGCGGUAUUUACCUAUUGGCUGACCUCCAACUGCUUCUCCUUGGCUCAAGUGGGCCUGCUCAGACACCCGCUGGUCAGAGACAAGCUGAAGAUCCCGGAGAGAAUCAAACACCCGGAAUCCGCCGUGGCCCAGAAUGAGGGAUUCUUCGCAAGCAUUCGGAAGGGCUGGAAGAAUGCUCAGCUGGCCCAGCAGCUGGAAGAGAGGGAGAAGAGGAUCAAAAAUCACCUGGACAUCGCCGCUAAAGGUCCCCUGAGGCAGACUUUUACCCACAAUCCUCUCCAGCAGACACCUCCCAUGGCUGCAGCGUCAGCCAAAGACAAGUCAGCUCAAAGCAAAGCAAGGCCAUGGAAGGACACUAUUGGAUAACGUGACUCCCUUGUAGCUUUACGGUUUCAAAAGCUAUGAUUUAUAUUGUAAAUAUUUAUGGAUUGAAUAGCGGACAGGCCGGGGGAAAGGAUUGAGACAGUGUAUGUAUUAUUAUAUUAAAAUGUCAAAUCUGCCCCAAAACAACAA